AUGGAGAGCAAUAAUCCAAUUUACCAGUGGCUUUCCACUGUGGAGGACCAGGAACAAACCGAGAACCAGGAACAAGUGAAGGAUACAGCUCUUGAAGCGAGCAUACCACGAAUCCGGAUCCCACUUGAGGUAUCUGAUGACGUGCGUGGGAAUGGACAUCCAGCUAGCAGGAAGAGAGAUUCAGACCACCUCAAGGAAAACGAGACCAUACCAGGAAGUGAAAGUCAUAAGAGAUCUCGAAAUUGUUACGAGCUAAGGCCCAGAUACAAGACUCGCGAGGAUCGCUAUGAGUACAAAGGCCCAUCAUCGGCGGUGGAGACCCAGUCGCAGUCUCGCAAAGGAAGAGCCAAAAAGCCCAGGGGCAGAAGGCACACCAUGAAUGAUGACUUCCAUGCUAUCAAUGUCACAGGAAACAGAUUGACACUGCGCAGCAAUACGAACCUGGGUAUAUUCAGCAAGGGCCGGUCUUCUUCUACAACUAAUCACCACAGAAAUACCCCGUCUAUCGCUCUUGCAAAACCUGCAUCAGCCACAAAGUCUCAUAAGUAUGUUGCAGAAUCUGAUCUUGCCUUUUCUGAGAUGAACUUUCUGUCCCGGAGGAAUAACCUCAGCCCCUAUCCCACGUCUACUGUCAGAGACAGUCUGGAUGGACAGCAUGAGAGAGAGUACUACCCACAAGAGCUACAGUUCGACGACCCUGCACAUGACUCCAAACUCGACACGUCUCACUCAGACAACAAGUUGCUUGAUGUGGAACGUCAACAUGACGCUUUGAUCAUGCCGCGGUUCACAUUUAAAGAGGUGCCCGUCAGCGAGAUUUCGCCAGUUUCCGGCCGCUCUCGGAGUGCUUCCCCCGUGCCCCACAAUAAAAGAAGGAAGAUAUCCAAAGAAUCUUCAUCUAUUCCAUACACUUGGACCGAAACUGAGGUCGACAACACGGAACAAAGCGAUGCUCUCGAACAACACCUGCUGAACCUGCUGCAUGUCGGAGUCUAUCCCCAAGCGCUAUGCUCCGAGAUCACAGAUAUUGUCUUGACCAGACGAUAUUGGAGUCUCGCUGAAUUAUGGGAGCUGCUAGAGGAGAGAAAGACAUCAUGGUCAAACGAAGCCGACAACAAAAAGCGAGCUUCACCCGAAUCCAACUUAGGCCAACUAGCUGCAGCCGAAGCCGCUCCAGAAGAGGUUCCUGAGAUCAUUGCACCGGACAUUUUGGAUAUUCCCAAUGCCGGUAGUGUACAGAACGAAACGCCCAAACAAUCCCCGGAUUCGAACGUCGCUGGUGAAACAGCUUGCAGUGUGAACAACGGUCCACCCCAGCAACCUUCGGUUCUUGAGCAACAAGACGGACCACAUGAAGCUUCAGAUAAACCGGGCUGUCUAAACCUGCAAGCUGUCAUGAUAUCAAACAGGCUAGAUCGUUUCAUAGACACCUUGAAUGAAGAUCAGUGUGAGCCUUUCCAUCAGGAAUCAGCAGAAGAUGCAGUCCUUUUUCCUGCAUCCGCAGAGGUUGAACAGCCGCACAUGUCUGACAUUGAAUUUUAUGAGCUGGGUCGAGUCGAUGAUGAUGUGUUCUAUCGCACUCUGGAUGCUGCUUACUGUGCCAUCGUGCGCCCUGAAGUUGCGGCAGAAGUUGCAUCGGACUUACAGCAGCUACUUGAAUCACCUGAACUCAAUGGCAAUGAUCUCCCGAAUACUCCAGAGUCGACUAGUAUGCGUGACUCCGAUAUUCCUACCCGACGGGUAGAGGAGGGAGAGCUAGAGCAUUUGGUAACGGUUUCCCAAGACGUCAUACAAGACCGGUAUGAUGAAAGCCCACCUGAGCCUUCUUGGCAACAAAAGCUAUCUACGAGCCAUUCGAAUGGUCCUUGUGUUGACCAGAACAAUGAUUUGCCAUGGCUGGCUACUGGUUACGGCCAGUCACAACCGCGCGCGUCAACUGGGAUUGAUGCGGGACAGACUCAGCCUCCGGGAUUAUCUGACUUCUGGCGACAGAACAGACUCUAUUGA